CUUGAUGACAGGGUCAACAAUAUGGCACUCUCCAUGAGCUACAGAAAUGCUACAUGUAUUAGCGCUAGUUGAUGACCGUUUUUAAUGUUUAUGCUGUAUAGUAUAUCUUACAGUCUGAAGCAGAGUGACUUUGUGAACUAUCGUGCUCGUCAGCUGGCUUUAGAUGACCUCUGUUAACGUCUGAACAGCGACCAUGUCUGGGUCAAACGUGUGGAGUCGCAGUCGAGAGAAAUUGAGACGCUUCCCCGAACUUUUUGCACAGUGUACCGAAGAGGCAGCGGUAUAUGGGAAGUGUGUUGCAGCCACCACAACAAGUAGACAGGAGCUGCAGAAGGACCUGUGUGCUAAGGAAUUUCAAGCACUGAAGACCUGUUUUAUAAAUGCAGCCAAGAAGAAAGCCAAAUGAAUGGAACUGGUCCUGGCUUUGUUGGAGUGGACCAACCUCAACUGUCCAGUGAAGAUGUUAAGUGCCAAGUGUUGACCUGCAGAGCUGGAAACAUUUUAUUAUUAUUAUUAUAUCUUGAUGAUGAUGC